AUGCCACCACGACGAACAAGAGCAGCCAAGGAAGCUGACCGUCACGAUGAAGCGACGCCAGAAGUAAAAGUCGCAGAGUCAUCUUCAUCAACAACGGCAUCACACGGUAUCUCUACAAAGACAGAGCGACCACCAUCCACAGCACCUACCAAGUCGAAAGCGAAAGCAAAAGCAGCUCGACACCAACCACUACUCCCCGAUGGACCAUCCACUCCCACCACCACCACCACCUCCUCCUCCUUCUCCUCCAACCCCGAACCUCCACCCACUUCACCAUCCGCCGAAGCAACCCGGAAACCAACAAUGGAAGAUCGACAAGCGCGACUCUCCACCCUCCGAUCCAAGAUGGCCGCCUCCACCCGAGCCAACCGACGUGAGAUCCUUUGCGAACAAUCUCGCUCUCGCUCUCUCACCUCAGAACUCAAAACCGCCUCUACCUCGCGCAAACUCGCCAAAGCAGAGUCCUUACUCGAACAAAGAGACCUUCGAGAAUCAGGAGAGCAUGUCGAGAGACACAGGAACAUGACCUAUUCUCUCGAAGAUAACGAGAAAUGGGAUAAAAAACUGCAACAGAAGCAAAAAAGCAAAGAUCAAGGUACAAUUGAUUUCGCUGAUGCUGCUCAACGUGCUUACCAACGGCAAGUUGGAUUGUUGAAGCCGAAUAUUGCGUUGUAUCAGAAAGAAAAGGAGGAUCGAACCAAACCGCUCGUCAGAAACCCUAAAGGAACCAUAGCUAACUAUACAGCACGAGUGGCAGAAGAAGCGCAAGAGAUUCAUUAUGGAACACACAGCCCUACUCACGAUGCCAUAGAUAGAGUUGUUCAGCAUUUGAACCAUGAAAAACAGAUUAUACAGAAUAGAAGUAGGAGGCGAGAGGAACAUGAGGAUGCUGAGGUGAAUUAUAUAAACGAUGCUAAUAAGCACUUCAAUAAAAAGCUCAAGAGGUUUUAUGAUAAAGAGUCGAUCGAGAUUAGAGAAAAUCUCGAGAGAGGUACCGCUUUGUAA